GGCGUGUUUAUGUGUGUGGGAUAAACAGGAUCCUCAACUUGGGAGGCCUGAUUUUUUUCCAAUUCCACAAUCUCUCUCUAUAUAUAGCAGUGAAGCUCACAUUUAACAGAAAUAAAUUUGCAAGCUUUCUCGUGAAAAACUCACAGGCCAAUAAAGCUACCACCUUUCACCUCCCCCACUUGAUGCACACACUUCUCAUGCAUUAUUGUCAGCUAUAAAUCCAUCGCCAGCUUUUGUGAAAUAGAUCUUCAAGUUUUUGUUUCAAUCCUCUUCUUUUUCAAGAUUCUUGCUUAAGGAAUUUUUCCUCAAUUCAGAGUCUUUACUUGUUAAUAAUUCUGGACGAUCUACUCGCAUGAGAUCUUGAGCUUGGAAGUUGAUCCAGUGAUUGUCUGAAAAGAGUGGUGAUUGUUAAAAUUUUGAUUUGGUGAGUGAGAGAAACUGCUAUGGAUGCUUUCUGUGGUACGUUGAGAUCGGCAUCCCAUUUGGCGAAUCCGACCAAAAGUGUGUUUUGUGGUGAAGAGAAUGGGUUCUGGGGAGAGAAGAUCACAUGGAGUCUGAGUAAUCGUGUUGGGGCUUGUAAAAUUGGGAAAAAAUUGAAUCUUGAGGAAAGGGGAAGGAAGAUCAAACCUGGGGUUGCUUACUCUGUUCUGACCAGAGAAAACAGCAAUCAAACUCUGACAAUACCUGCUCCAAGAUUCGAGAGACAGAGGGCGAAUCCGAAAAAUGUGGCUGCGAUCAUUCUGGGAGGAGGUGCCGGGGCGCAGCUUUUCCCUCUUACAAGCAGAACUGCCACCCCAGCUGUUCCAAUUGGAGGAUGCUAUAGGCUGAUUGACAUCCCAAUGAGCAACUGCAUCAACAGUGGCAUUAACAAGAUCUUUGUGCUCACUCAGUUCAAUUCUGCUUCUCUAAAUCGACACAUUUCUCGAACAUAUACUGGGAAUGGCAUUAGCUUUGGGGAUGGUUAUGUUGAGGUUUUGGCUGCAACUCAGACGGCAGGGGAAACAGGAAACCGGUGGUUCCAGGGUACAGCAGAUGCAGUUAGGCAAUUUAUAUGGCUAUUUGAGGAUGCCAAGGCGAAAGAUAUUGACAACAUCUUGAUUCUAUCAGGGGAUCAUAUGUACAGGAUGGACUACAUGGACUUCGUUCAGAACCACAUUGAUAGAAAUGCGGACAUCACACUCUCGUGUGCACCAGUUGAUGAAAGCCGAGCAUCAUCCCUUGGACUGGUGAAGAUUGACAGCAGAGGUCGCGUAUCUCAAUUUUCUGAGAAGCCUAAAGGCAUGGAUAAGAUGGCAAUGCAAGUAGACACCUCUAUCAUAGGAUUGUCCGCGGAGGAGGCUGUAAGAUCUCCGUAUAUCGCUUCUAUGGGAGUAUAUGCAUUCAAGACCGACGUUUUAUUGAAGCUUCUCCGGUGGAGAUACCCGACUUCAAACGACUUUGGGUCUGAGAUCAUACCAUCUGCAGUAAAGGAACAAAAUGUGCAGGCAUAUGUAUUUAGAGACUACUGGGAAGAUAUCGGAACGAUAAAAUCAUUUUACGAUGCUAAUUUGGCUCUUACGGAUGAGUCCCCGAAGUUCGAAUUCUACGAUCCAAAGACUCCGUUCUACACAUCACCCCGUUUCUUGCCACCAACCAAAAUCGACAAUUGCAAGAUCAAAGACGCGAUCAUAUCACACGGGUGCUUCCUGCGUGAAUGUGUUGUUGAACACUCUAUAGUAGGCGAACGCUCUCGUCUCGACUCCGGGGUUGAACUCAAGGAUACAUUUAUGAUGGGGGCUGAUUCUUAUCAAACGGAAUCAGAGAUUGCCUCACUCUUAGCUCAAGGCAAAGUUCCAAUGGGGAUUGGUAGUAACACCAAAAUAAGUAACUGCAUCAUCGACAAGAAUGCUAGAAUCGGGAGAGACGUGAUCAUCAAGAACAAAGAGGGAGUCGAAGAAGCUGAUAGAUCGGAGGAAGGGUUCUACAUUCGCUCGGGAAUCACUGUAGUAGUCGAGAAAGGAACGAUAGCUGAUGGAACGGUCAUAUAGAUGUGUUGCUCUUUGAACACUGCGAUUUAUACACACAACGCUUAAUUCCUCUUUCCA